GAUACGGUCUCUUCUCACCGUUUUUCUCUCAGGCUCUAACCCUUUCUUUUUCUUCGUGUUCGAGAGAAACGGUCCAUUCUGGUUCAGAUCAGAUCUGGUUAUGAAAAAUGCCCUUAUAUCUACGGAUGUUGAAGCACUGGAUUUAAAUUGAUUUUGAGUAGAAGUUUUGAGCGUUGUGGAAGUUUGCAAGUUCUUAGUUGAAUAUUGUGUAUUUCUAACAUGUCUAGUAAGAAAGAAGAGAAAGCUCAGGCUGCAGCUGAAAGAAUCAAGGCUGCAGCUUUGACAGCUGCAAAAGGUCUUAGCCGUGCUCAGGCUGAACGAGCAGCUGCUGCUGCGGCUCGAAAUGUGAAUGCAUAUGGGCAAAAGGAAGAAGGCCCGAGCAGAUGGCAGGAGAAAAGGGAAGCGAAGAGGCAGAUGUAUUUGAUGAGUACUGAAAAGGCUGUGAUAUUGGGUGAAAGAAAAGACCUGAAGACAACAAUGUCUACCAUUGGAGGCACAUCUUCACAAUGCCAAAAGUGUUUCCAAACUGGACAUUGGACAUAUGAGUGCAAGAAUGAACGGGUUUAUAUCUCACGACCCUCUCGGACUCAGCAACUCAAAAACCCUAAAUUAAGGAUGAAAUUAUCAAUCUCUUAUGAUUUGGAUAAUCCAGAUAUUAAGAAGAAUGAAGCAGCUGAAAAAGUUGAUAAGAAGAGCAAAAGGAAGCAUCAGUCAGAUUCUGAUUCUGGCAGUGAUAGUGAGGCUUCAGUUUUUGAGACUGAUAGUGAGUCAUCAUCAGUUACUGGAUCAGAGGAUUCUUCGGGAAGUAGUUCUGGUUAUAGCUCAUCGUCUGAUUCAGAGGAAGAAAGGAGGCGGAGGAAGAAAAAGAAGCAGAAGAAGGGGAGGGGGAGGCACAGGAGGUACAGCUCAUCGUCUGAGUCUUCUGAUUCAGACUCAGGUUCUGAAUCCGAUUCUGAUGAGAAGAGCAGCCGGAGGAGGAGCAGAAGGCAUAGCAGAAGGCGUUAAAGGAAAAGAAAAGGGGGUGGGGGGGGUGUCUUCGAACAGGAGGGAUUAGUUUAUAGUGUGAUGUCAGUAAUAUCAGUUUUAUGUGGUUCUUGUGUGUUUUCAAAGCUAGAAAUCUUUGCCAUCUUCAAAUGCUUCUUCAUUGGAUUGAUCCAGCAUGCUGCAGUGGAGUUCUCAAGGUGAAGGUCAUGUCUUCUAUAUGUUACCAUCUGGGCUCUCUGGAUAUCCUUACUAGACUCUAGUGUCUCUCCAUAUUUCUUCUAUUGUGUUGCAGUUGUAAUAAUUCAGAACCAUAGUACUUGUUUCUGCUUUUAACCUUGGUUUUGGUGCAUUUUGCAACUAACUUCGGAUUCACAUGCUUUUUUUCAAUUAAUGUUUACAGGUUUUCCGCCUCUUUUUCACUUC